AUGCUAUGUUUCACAAUUAAUGUGCCGACAAAUCUGGUCAGCGGUCAGGAUGUGUCACCGGAAUCGGUACGCGGACUGCGCGACGAGCUAUUUGUCAAAAGAAAUUACACGAAAUAUAGUUUCCCAGUUGUCGAUCACCGGCAGACUGUCAACGUUAGUGUCGGCAUACGUAUGCUCAAGAUUGUCGACCUGGACAUCAAGACACAGGUCCUUACACUCAAUGUCUACGUCUACAUGGGUUGGAUAGACGAAGGAUUGCAAUGGUCGCCACAAGAGUUUGGCGGCCAAACCCAACUGGUCGUCCAGUCGGACCUGAUCUGGAAGCCCGAUCUGAUGAUCACCAACGGUCCGGAUGCCUUUCAUUUUGAACGUACGUUCAAAAGUACGACACUGUCGGUCAACUCUACCGGCUAUAUUGAAUGGGUACCGCAAACCCAAUUGAAAACCUAUUGUAUGACUAAUCUGCGCGACUAUCCGUCUGAUGAACAGCGCUGUCGGAUAACAUUUGAGCCAUUUUUCGACAUCAAGUAUGUCGACGUCAAACCGUUUGAUUUUUACAAAGUGAGCACUUUUUUGUUUGACGAAUCGCCCCGUUAUCCUAACCAGGAAUGGGAUGUCACGAAAGUCGAAUCCUAUCGACGAGUCGACACAUAUGUCGAGGGAUCGUUUGCCCGGAUUAUGUCUUUUCUGACGAUAAGACGGCGCCAAUCGAUUAUGUAUUACUUUAUCAAAUUGCCGACAACAGUGGCCGUAAUAUUGUCGGUACUUAUGAUGGCAUUUCCACCGAAUUCCCUGAAAAGAUACCAAUUGUUUGUAUUGUCGCUGUCGAUACUGUUGCUAACAGAACUGGUAAUUAUCAAUAAGACCGGCUUUUCGGGCAAUAAAGGAGUUCCACUGGUAUUGCGAAACAAUGCCAUAAUUAUUGUCUACAUAUCUGUUAUGAUAUACUUGUCGAUUGUCAUCAACAGAGUAUUCUUGAUGUCCAAUCCGUGGCCACAGUUGACCUCAGCUGUGGCUAAUAAUCCGUUGCUUCGGUAUAUAGGAGUUGGCAAUUAUCUGAUUACUUGGACACUGGAAGAGGGCGUCCAAAGUGGUAUCGGUGCUACAAUUAAUGCUAAAGUUUCGCUAACUGAUAGCCAAAACGAUUGGAUAUUAAUGACACUAUUGUUGGAUAAAAUCUUAUUUUUCUCGUAUCUAUUAUUUUUGAUUACAAUCUAUACAUGA